CAUCAUUCCAGAUUCAGAAUUUCAUAAUAUAAUACAGCCGACCAGCAUUGCCAAUUCUUGAUUGAUAACAGCCUUGCUUGUUAGUGAUUACGCGUGUCGAAGUCGACGAUUAUGCCGGACAAACUUUGCCGGUGUUUUGGAGCGCUGCCUGUCGGGUCCGGUUGAAAACCCCGCGCAGAUUUUGGCGACAAGCCAAUACGCUUUUCGUUAUCGUACGAUUCCACUUAAUUCCAAUCUAUAAGUGAGAUGGCAAACUCUGGAGAUCCUUGGGUAAGGGAAUACAAUGAAGCUGUCAAACUUGCUGAUGAUAUCACUCAUAUGAUAUCUGAAAGGAGUUCGGCGCCUGCAACUGGGCCAGAAGCACAGCGUCAUUCAUCUGCAAUACGGAGGAAGAUAACCAUACUCGGAACCAGAUUGGAUAGCUUACAGUCUCUUUUGUCGAAACUUCCUGGAAGGCAGCCUCUGAGUGAAAAGGAAAUGAACCGCCGUAGGGACAUGGUUGCCACAUUGCGAUCAAAAGUAAACCAAAUGGCCUCAACAUUAAACAUGUCAAACUUUGCAAAUCGAGACAGCUUACUAGGGCCAGAGAUUAAGCCUGCUGACGCCAUGAGCAGAGCAGCUGGUCUUGACAACCAUGGCGUUGUUGGUCUACAACGACAAAUCAUGAGAGAACAAGAUGACGGCCUUGAGAAAUUGGAGGAGACAGUCAUAAGCACGAAACAUAUUGCAUUGGCGGUGAAUGAAGAGCUUGAUCUGCACACCAGACUUAUUGAUAACCUUGAUCAACAUGUUGAAGCUACUGACUCCAGACUACAACGAGUGCAGAAGAGGCUGGGGGUACUGAGCAAACGAACAAGGGGAGGCUGCUCGUGCUUGUGCCUGAUGUUAUCGGUAAUAGCCAUCGUCGUUUUAGUCGUGGUGGUGUAUGUCCUUAUCAAAUAUCUAUAGUGUAUAGAGAAGGAGGGAGGAGUGGUUGAUGCUCUCAGUUAGUUGCUCUUUUGUUUUCUGUUAGCAGUUGAAGAGCCUUUUUGGUAUCCUCAGCUUUCUGUUCCUUGUUUGCUUUAUUCUUUUCCUAAUAUUUUUUCUGAAGUUCUUUGGUAUACUUGUUUCCUUGAGGAAAAAAAAAUUAUAUAAUAUAUGUUGUG